CCUCCUUUGAUGGUAUUUGAUAAAGUCCAGAGUUACACUUCACUUUACUUUCCUAUUUGUGGUGUUUGCACCAGAGUUAGGGUUCCUCAAUAGAAUCUGAUUUUGCUUCUUCCCUUUGCUUUGCAUCAAUGGAUGAAAGAGGUGAAGGUGAAGGUGGUGAAUGGGAAUUGAUCCACAACGAUGACGAUGAACCCGUUGUUUCCGAUGCUACCAACCUCGCUCUCAUCAGACCCGAUCACUUCUCCAUAGAUUCCACUCCCAAUUCCAAUUCCAGUUGCAAUUCCAAUUCCUCUUCCGACGAGGUUGAUCGCAACUUCGAUGAUUCCUUCGUCGCUAACCAGCUCUUCCCUAAUCCCAAUCCCCAACGCUGGACCCAUGAUUCCGAUUCCGAUAGCAUCACCACCGACCCGGUGAAGGAAACGGAAGAUUCUGCUUCUGCUGCUGCUGCUAGCAGUGAAUCCGAAGAGGUUGAGGUUGGGGUUGGUUUCGAUUCGAAGGUUGAAGGAGAGGAGGUGAAAGCGAUAGAGAAAGAAGAGGAUAGGAGAGUUGUGUGGUGGAGGGUUCCUUUUGAGGUUUUGAGAUACUGGGUGAACCCUAUUCCGCUUUCUCUGCCUCUCUGUUCUGUGGCUGCUGCUGCUGCGUUUCUGGGUCUGCUCUUCUUGGGAAGGAGGUUGUACAAAAUGAAGCGCAAGACUCAAACAAUGAAGCUCAACCUUGCUCUUGAUGAUAAGAAGGUAUCUCAGCUCAUGGUUCGUGUUGCACGUCUUAACGAGGCAUUCUCAGUUGUAAGACGUGUUCCUGUAGUACGACCAACUCUGCCUGCUUCAACUGCAACACUGAGGCCUGUGAUGAGUAUGAGAUGAAGGAUCCGAUACUUGAUUGGAAAUGGUGUGAAAUGUAAUAAUGGUUGUAAUAUUAUACAAAUCCUUGUGUAUGAAAACAUGUAUGUAUUUAUGUGUGUGGGUGUCGAAUUUGUGAAGCGUUUUAGUAGCUUCUUGUAUAUGACAUCAUAUCAUAUCAUACCUACUGUUAAUCUUGCCAAUAUUUAUCUGCUGUGAAAA